CGCCGUUUCAUGGUCCCCCUCCUCCUUCCCCUUUUCCAUUCGUCCGCGCACGCGGCUCCCUCGCUCUUUUUUCCUGUAACCCCACUCUCCUCCCCUUCCAUCUCCGUGUCUCCAAUCCUCCCUUAUUCCUCCUCCUCGGCAACAACGACCAUAACCGCAUCCCUCCAUCCCUGUGGAAUCCGUAAUACUAAUUCCAUCGGGAUAGCAUCUCCCUCUCAAGCCUCCCACCCGCUCCCAAUUAUCCCAUUUCCUAUUCUUCGAGUGAUCCUCUUCCUCGCAUGAAGAGAUUUCGGGGGUGAAACGGAUCGGGAUGGAGGAAACGGUCUCGGACCAGCCCAACGAUCAGGCCGCCUCGUCGGCCGCUUCGACGCCGGAGGCAACGCCGGAGCACCCCAUUGAGGAUACCGCGGCGGCGCCGGCGAUGGCGAAGAGCCCGUACCUGAGCGCGUCGUUCUCUGGAACGACCCACUGCUCGUCUCCGCUCGCCCGGCUCCGGGAGGCGAGGCACGUACGGAGCAAUAGUUUGCAGCGGUGGCGGCGGCAGAUUCAGCGGGCGUGGAGGUGGGGGCCAAGCGGCGGCAACAACAUCAAUAGUGGUACUAGGGAGUACGGUUUCAAGACGACAUUGAAUUUGGAGGUGAUGGCAAAUCAGAAGCGGGAGUGGUAUCAGAUCCAAUCCAAAUCACGGGAUCUUAGACAAUAUAAGGAGCCAUCCUCACUAUUUGAGCACUUCUUCAUUGUGGGCCUUCAUUCGUAUGCAAAUGUUGAAGCCAUUGAAGAUGCUUUUGCAAAAAGAAAAAAAUGGGAGUCAGAGGUGGCAAACUCUGAAAUUCUUGAUCUUAGAAAGCUUCAAUAUCAUGGGUGUAUGCCUACUCUGGAACCUCAGAUCCUUUUUAAGUACCCUCCUGGGAAGAGAGUGGCGAUGAGGGAGAAUGAUUUGCCUGCCUUUUGUUUUCCUGAAGGUGUAAAGGCUCGCUUGAUAGAGAGAACACCAUCCAUGAGUGAUCUAAAUGAAAUUGUGUUUGGACAGGAGCACCUGUCUCAAGAUGAUUUAUCUUUCAUCUUCUGUUUGAAGGUGUCAGACAAUGCAACUUUAUAUGGUGUUUGUCUGCAUGUCCAGGAGAUAGUUCAGAGAGCGCCGGGUAUUGUAGGUGCUGUUUCACCCCUCAACCAUUCUUGCAAGUCUAGCCGUUUCUUGGUUUCUGCACCACGUUGUUAUUGCAUACUUACAAGAGUUCCCUUUUUUGAGCUACAUUAUGAGAUGCUGAACAGCAUAAUUGCCCAGGAGCGCCUUGAGAGGAUAACACAAUUUGUUAGUGAAAUGGCUCUCUCAGAUCCCAUUGCACAUGGGAUUGCAGAGCAUGAUCAACUGGAGGAGAAUUUUUGUUCGCCUGACAGGCAGUCCCGUAAUGAUUGGAUGGGAUGUGCUAUACCUGUUGACAGUGUAUCAGGUCUUCUUUCUUCAGCAGGUCUUCCAUCAGACAGGGAGGUUUCACCAUUUUUAUUCAGGACUUUCGAACCACAGUCUCCUGAAAGUGUUUCUGCCAGUGAUGCUUCAGACUUCAGUCAUGUAAGAGAGCUGGAUAAGGAAAUGAGGAGGUGUUGGCACCAGUAUGAUGAUAACACAUCUGAGACCUCAGGAUCCCGCUCUGAUAGUUUUGAAAGAGUGAAUGGAAACUUUGAAAUUGGCCAAACCUCACCAGAGGUUGGUACGGUAUGUUGUUCUGUCAGCAACAGAUUAGAGCGUGCUGAAAGUGUGGAGUCUAUAUACAGCUCAGCUAGAGGCGCUGGAUCAGAUGAUGAAGAUGAUGAAUUCAACUUUAAGCAUGAAAUGAAUAUUGUUGAUGAAAAAGUAAUGGAAUGGGCAAAGGCACACAACAAUGAACCACUAAUGAUAGUUUGUGGUUAUCAUGCUCUUCCCCUGCCACCAAGGGGAGGUGAAAUAGUUUUUCACCCUCUAGAGCAUUUACAGCCAAUCAACUAUUACCGACCUGGGAUAAAGUCUCUAAACUUAGAUAUUACUUUUUCUGACUUCGACCCAUCUUGCCUUGGGGAAGCUAAUCAGUUUUCCGAGAAGGUCAAUGCACAAUUAGCAGCUGCUGAAGAAGCUCUUGCACUAUCAAUAUGGACCAUCGCUACAGUUUGCCGUGCUCUAUCUCUAGAAAGUGUUUUGGCACUCUUUGCUGGAGCAUUAUUGGAAAAACAAGUGGCAGUAAUAUGCCCAAAUUUGGGUGUGCUAUCAGCUAUUGUCAUGUCGGUUAUUCCCAUGAUUCGACCAUUUGAGUGGCAGAGUUUGUUGCUUCCAGUUCUGCCAAGAAAAAUGCUGGAUUUCCUUGAUGCUCCAGUUCCAUUUAUUGUUGGUAUACAACACAAGCCAGCUGAUAGCAAAAUUAAAACAACCAACAUUAUACAAGUUAAUGUCUCCAAGGACCAGGUGAAGACAUGUUCCUUGCCUCAACUUCCUCGAUAUAAGGAACUUGUCUCUGAUCUAAGUCCUAUUCAUGCUCGGCUCUCAUGUGAAAAUUCCAUAGCUAAAAGACAUCCUGUUUACAGAUGUAGUGAAGUUCAGGCUGAAGCUGCUGGUCACUUCUUAAGUGUCAUGAAAGCCUACCUAGAAUCCCUCUGUUCUAAUUUGCGGUCUCAUACCAUCACUAAUGUGCAAUCAAAUAAUGAUAAGGUUGGGGAACUCUUAACAUUUCAUGUAUCUGCUAGUAUCACUUCUCCUUAAAGACAGUUUUGUUGAUUCAUUCCCCAUCAAAGAUCGACCAUUCAUUAAGCUUUUUGUAGACACGCAACUGUUCUCAGCUCUAUCAGAUUCUCGGCUCUCCACAUAUGAGCAUGAGUAGUCUUAACUUUGGCAAUAUACCAACUAAUGCAUGAUCAAUCAAGAGCUCAUUUGAUAGGGGAUCAAAAGCUGCAGAAAGUGUAAUGCAUGGGCAUACACUACCACCGCUCGGUGCACUGCUACAUGAUGUUCAUAAUUUACCUGCAGCGAGGGUUCCUGCAUAGAAUUUUACUCCCAGAAAGAAAAUCAGCAUGCUUAUAUUGUAAUUUGAUCACAUGGUAAUACUAUGGCUGGCGCUACCAAGUUUGGCUGCUUCAGGGCCUUCUGGCCAUCAGAAAUGUGAUGCAUCCCGAUCUUUUAAAAUGGGAUGCCAUGGCUUGUUAGAGGUCUGUUUGUUUGCCUAUUGUUGUAUAUCUGUAUCCAAUAAACUUUUUUUGCGCGGGCCUUUGGUCACCGGGUCUUUUUUUUUAAUAAUCUUUAUGUCAAUAAAUUUUUAGGAUCAUUUGAAUCACAGUCACGGCAACAUGCCGAGCUUAUAGUUUUUUGAGAUUGUUCACUAUUCUAAAUUUAGAAAAUCCAUGUUCAUGUAAAUGCUUGAGAAUACCAUAAUUCUAUUAACUGGAUAACUGCAUCA